AUGCCAUCGACUUCCAAUAUUGAUGUGGCAGGCAAGCCGAUUGCAAACGAAAUUGAACAGUUGAAUUAUACUCAAACACAGCGUCCUAUAAUGGAUACAGGAUUUCCUAUAGUUGAAUCCUACCAGCAACCUUCGGACACUAUUGAUUUUCCGGCAUUAACUCGAGGAUUCCUAUAUCCAGUCAAUACCCUGACUAUGGCUAAUCCAUCCCUAAUGACGGAACAGACACCUGCGUUUAUCUUUUUGAAUCUGGUGUCGUUGGACUUGUUGGAUGCCAAGAUGGUUGAUCUAACUGUAUGGGUGGUUGUAUAUGGGUCGCACGGAGGAGAUGGAGAGAUGACGGCAGCAUUAUGCUGCUAUUCUACUCCGAUUGGGCAAACAGCUGUCGGUCUGUGUGGUGGCCCUGAAAUAAGAGAGCAAUUGAUCUCUUCGUUUGCAAUUCAUCUGAUUCUCAAGUAUUCGCACAAUCCAGAUCGGUCUUCCUUUUCAUUCAUUUUUUUAAGCGAGAGCGAGCUCCAAUCCGAGUAUCGGUUUAUAUCACCCAAUGCAUACGAUAUCUUUACCACUCUUGGAAAAAUUAUAUCCAUCAUUAUUAAACUCAAGCAAAAAACAAUCGGUCCACAAUCAUUGGCUGAAAAUGACAACGAUCUUGUUUCUUCCUCGCAACAGCGUACUGUCACAUCAUUGCUAGCACUCUCUCACCAACAAUUCCAGCCUAUAGCACAACAGCAAUCCAAGGCAUCAUUCAAUUCCGAGCUGCACACACAGAAUUCGAUUUUUAAACGAUCGCAAUCCAAUCUUGGCACUCUGAAGCACAUUCUAACGUCAAAACAAUCUGUUCCAGUUUUGUCAUUAUCGGCACAAACAGACAGUAAAUCUAUCAACUCUACACAGAAAGAAGGUUCUUUUUUUAGUUUUCUUUCUGGAAAUAAUGGACUUGGAUUUACUGCAUCUCGUGGUACCAAUAACGAUGCAGUCCAGCCUUCCAUUUACAAUCAGCAAAAUGACAAGCCCGCGCAUAAUAAGCAGUCUUCAAAGUCUCGCAAAUGGUUUAUUCGCAGAUCCAAAAGCACUGGCAACUUUGGUCAAAACAACUCCGUUCUGGCAUCUCUUCCAACGACCACAGCACAGUUGCCAUCAAUCUCUACAUUGAAUUUAAAAAAGCAGCAACUCAAUUCAGACAAGCCAGUGACUUCUAAUACAGUUGCGCAUAUAAUAUCACCAUGCUUACCUACAUCUACUUUGUCGCAAUCCAUUGUUUCUACAUGCAAGUCUUCUCCGCUGCCAACACCGCCAACAGAUAGUUUCUUGUCAUCAUCGCAGCUUUUUUCAGCAGAUACUGUUGCUAUGGCAUCAACAAUAGAAACCAUUUCACCUGAUACUGUCAUUGCUGUCAAGCCAGAGGAUACUGAUUCUGUGUCUAUUUCCACCAAAGUGUCAACUACACAGGAGGAUACAGCUAGUGUAUUUACAGUAACAAUGGAUUCCAAGCCAACUGAUCAGACGUUGGAAUUGAAAAGUCAAGCAAAGGCUCAAUCAGCUCAACUGGCUGAUGUUUUGGUUGAUGAAAGUAGCAAUCAGAACAGUCUUGAUGCAACACCUGUUUUGCGUGUUCUAGAUAUGGAUCAAAAUAGAAGCUUGUCUAGAUCCACAAUCAAUGGGGAAUUACAGCCUGUUUCUGGAACGGUAGAAGCCUUGGUAGAUUGUCUGUUUUCCGAACCACUGUCUGGAUAUGCGGAUGCAUUUUUGUUGACGUUUCGACUAUUCACUAAUGCAUCCAAAGUGCUAGAUUGUCUAACUGCUCGCUAUAUUGGACUGUCCCAUAAUCCAAUGGAAGCUACGAUUUCCGCUUUGGUCACAAAGCAACUACCCGUUGUAUUGAUGCAUCGCAUCUUUUCCCUUCUCAAAAAGUGGAUCACUCAGUAUAGCUACGACUUUUACGAUCCUGUGGCCGAUAAAAAGCUCAAGGAUCUUGUACAUAUUAUUCAAGCUACCAAUGACAAGUCGUAUGUUAGUAGUCUGGUGGCAAUCAUGGAUGCCAAUCAUGAGAUUCAACAAGAUACGCUUAAAUAUACACCCUCAUAUAGGUCAUCUACAUUAGAACGACCAUCUGUUUGCGAAAGCAUGAAUUUGACUGAGCUGCGCGAUGCUCUCAAAUCUGAUGUUGAUAUUCUCAAUUUGCCAUCGAGAUUUAUUGCUAGACAUCUCACUCAAAAAGAUUGGGCCAUGUUUAAAGCAAUCCAUAUAUCCGAGUUUGUGCAUUUCAUUUCUCCAGACUCUUGUUUUGACACCCACAUGAAUACUCGAGACUCUCGAACUACGAAUCUGACUGCCUUUAUCCAACGAUUUAAUCAAGUCGGUUUCUGGGUGUCGACUGUUAUCUGUUCAUACGAAGAUCUAAAGCUACGCACAAAAGCACUAUCUAAAUUAAUCCGUGUAGCACAGCAUUGCUUUAAUUUUGGAAAUUAUAAUACUUCGAUGGCCGUUCUUUCCGGGCUAAGUGCCAGUCCUGUUUAUCGCUUGAAAAAGACAUUUGCUGGUCUAUCACCACGGGUGAUGGAUAUGCUUACAGAGAUUGAAACAUGCUUUGAUUUCAAGUGCAACUAUGUUUCGUAUCGUAAUACUGAAGCAGUCUCUAAAACUGCAAUCAUUCCCUUUCUAGGACUGAUUAUCAAGGAUAUUUCUAGUAUUUAUGAGAUCAAUGCCAACUGUCUUUCCAACGGGCUCGUCAAUUUUGAAAAAUAUUGGAAGCUAUGCCGUAGAAUCUCAUCUGUUACAUCUUACCAGUCUUGGCCACAUAUUAUUCCACCUUCAAUUGAUGACGUUGAAUUUGACGAGUAUCUCGCUUCUACAGUCAACGACGCUCAGUCGUGUGUGGAUUUUGAGUCGGUAUCAGUCUCUGAAGUUUCUAUUCUGCCUAAUCCCUUACUCGUGGCAUCAGAUGUAGAUUCCAGUGCAAACCAUUCUAGUUCUACCUUGUUCAUACCACCCUUGUACUCUCAUAUUUUGCCAUAUCUAUCACCUGAACAACUGACUAUUAUUUCACGAGCACUUGAACCACCAGAAGAUACUUUAUCGAGCUCUCAUGCUUUAGACGAUGCUAAAUCUAAUAACCGUUCUAGUAGACUUUUGCACUUUUUUGAAAAUAUGUCUGGACUAGCCAUAAAUCGUCGUAGUCAGAUUUCUAAUAGCGGCGCGAUUGAGUCGGAUAGUGAUGAUGAUAUGACUGAUCUGGUGACUGCCGGCAGUGCAUCAAACUCUGGUGAUGUGUUGCAAUCUCAUUUAAUUGCACCCUUGUCCUCCCCGCCUACUAUGAGUACAACUCAAUCCAACCCAGGAUCUGCAUCGAGCAUUAUUUCUAAACGACUUCGACUAAUACGUCGGCCAUUGUCUUUGUCGAGCUUCAAGUUUUCUAGUUCCCUGUCAAUAAGCAGCACUGGUAAUACAUUGCCUUCUCCAUUGAAUCCUCAGCCCAGCUUUUCUAUUGAGUCUGUGCGAUCGACACGCUCCAGUGAUGCUGAUAUAGUGGAUGAUUCGUUGCACAGAAACGUGUCUUUGGAAGUACCAAGCUUUCAAACCGAUACAGCAUAUGCGGCAACUUUACCAUCAUUGAUUCAGAUGCCACUGUCUAUGCACAUGUAUUCUACUGGUGCCAGUUCUGCUUUGGGAUGCCUGACUUGUCCAUCACCUACAUCAUCAGUGUCUGAUUCACCCCAGAUAUUAACACAGCCUCCAGCAUCACCCAAACUAUCGUUUGUUUCUUCAGCGGGACGACGCACACCAGUAGGUCCGAAUGAUAAUAAUACAGGAGUGACACCUCCCAAUGGUUCAAAUCAUUUUCACCAUGUGCUUCGAAAUGGAGUGAUUGCUUCUCCACAAACACUAUUUUCUAAUACAUCCCCGAUAGCUACAGCCUCGCUUUCAUCAGAGUUUACAUCGCACACUACUGUGAAUGCAUGCCAAUCGCACACUCAGACCAGUUUUGAUGCCAAGGCUAUUUCCAGCAGUUCCGAAUGUUACUCAUCGACAGCGACCACACUCAGCUCGACAUCUCCGAUUGUGCCAUCUAUUUUAUUUCAAGAGUUUAAUACAGCCACGAUGUCUAGUUCUUCCUCACUGUCUGAAUUUACUGUGAUGACACAACAUCUUGAAGAUCAUAUUUUAGAUCCAAAUCAGCACUACCUUGAUGAUAACAACAAUGCACAGGAUGAGGUGAGGCUUGCGUUAAAACGAGGACUGAGUCUCAAUUUAGCAUCGUCGUUUGUUGCCUUGUCUAAUGCUAAUGCAGAAGAUGAAGAAGAUUACAAUGAGGAUGAAAAAGAGGUGAUUGGACCUGUGACACCAGUGAUGUUGGAUGCUCAACCUACGGUAGUUGAAGUGGAGUUUGGAGAUCCUCGAUUAUGGCCUCAAAGACGAUUAUCUCAGCCAGUGAUAAUACUAGAUGCAGAUGCGAUGGGACCCAAAGAGAUUGGAUUUUCGUGA